GGCGGGGCCCGUGUGAGGUUCUCGCUGUGUGAUUGGCUGAGACGCGCUGCGCUGUCAGUUUGAAUUUAGAAAGUAGUCCUGCGAUUGCUGGUAGUCGGAGGAGUCCAUCGGCUGCACGUGUCACCUAGAUUAUGGCAAAAUUCUUGCAAGCACGCCGAAGACCAACAAAGUACAGAAAGAGACGGUGGACAAAUAGUAAUCUUAAGAGUUCCAAGCAUAAAACAGAAAGGACACCAGAACACAUAGUUACUAAACUGCCUUGGCACUCAAAUUUGUUCCCUGCUGGAUGGUUUAGAUUCCCCAGUGUAAGGAAUGCAGUGAAUUCAACAGUGAAAUCUUUUAUCUCUUUGUUCUUGUGGCUUCACAUCAGCGUCAAAAAGCGUCUUGUUUUGGUUAAAAAUACAAUAUUUCCAUCAUUAAUUUGCCAGUUGGAACUGCGCACACUUAGGCAUCGUUUACAGAAACUAGAAGUAGAAUUUUCCAAGUUGCACGCGUCUCUGCAGGAUACAGCCACAAAGUCCCAUUCAGCAAGCAAUACUUGCUGCUGUAAUUGCAGCCAAAGAACAACUGUGCCUCCUACUGUAGCAUCUACUCUUCAAUCAACAGAGCAAUUUCUACCUUCAUCCAUAUCCGCACCUCCACCCCCACCCCCACCUCCUCCUCCUCCUCCACCACCCCCUCCAUUGCCCCUGCCUCCUCCAUCUUUCUCACUCCAAAAGCAGCCUCUGUCUGUACUGAAGAAAGUAGAAAGCAAGAGAGCUCUCAAGGAAGAACAUGUAGGACAAGAUGGCCCCAUUCAAAUAACUCUAAAAGACCUCUUGAAUGUUAAGUUGAGAAAGACACGGAGCAACCUAGAAAACCUCAAAGGGGAAUCCCAGCACAAGGAUCGCAUUCCUCUAAUUACCAUUUCAGAUUUGAAAGGUGUGAAUCUGAAGAUUGCCUCCAAGAUGCCACCAAGGCGCCUUACACAUGCUUUUAUAGGAACUCCUAUAAAAAGUCCAUUAGACUUGAGAAGACAUCUUAAAAAGGUCAACAUGAUGAGGAGUCCUGGAGGGACACCAUUAUAUGACCGUGAUAACAAAGAAAAUGGCACCGGAUUAAAUCCAAUGAUGACCAAAGCAUUGAGGCAGAAAUUUAAGUUGGCUCAUCCAAAAAGUCCCUCUCCUGCAAGAAUAUCUCAACUGAACAGGAGUUUUGAAGAGGAACAUUAAAUGGACUGUAACAACUGUGGACAAUUUGCUACAUAAGACGUGCUGCAGUUUGCAACAAUUUUAAGCAGGAUCAGCAACAACAACAAAAAACACUUCUUUUUUUUUAUUAACAGUUUUUGCUAUUUACUAGACAAUACGUUUGUUUUCUUUAUCAAAGAUUUGAUGGGUUAUUUAAAAAAAAUGCAAACAAACAAAAAAAAACACUGAAUGAAAC